CAUGAGCGUUCCGUACAGGGCCUAGGCAUUAGUCAUAUAAAAUGGCGACUGCGGAGCCGGAAGUAAACUCUAAUCCAAAAAGUCAAGAGGAGAAUUCAGAAGAGACAGGUCAAGAGAUUGCCAGUCCUGAGAGCUACAUCAAACAUCCACUGCAGAACAGAUGGUCUUUAUGGUUCUUUAAAAACGACAGGAGCAAAACAUGGCAAGCAAAUCUUCGACUCAUCUCCAAGUUUGACACGGUGGAGGAUUUCUGGGCGCUUUAUAAUCACAUUCAGCUGUCCAGCAAUUUAAUGUCUGGCUGCGAUUACUCUCUCUUCAAGGAUGGCAUUGAGCCCAUGUGGGAAGACGAGAGGAAUAAGAGAGGGGGCCGUUGGCUCAUUACCCUCAACAAACAGCAGAGGAAAUUAGACCUGGACCGCUUCUGGCUGGAAACAUUGCUGUGCCUCAUAGGAGAGGCUUUUGACGAUUACAGUGAUGAAGUGUGUGGGGCCGUGGUCAAUGUGAGAGCCAAAGGGGACAAAAUCGCCGUUUGGACGUCUGAUUACGAGAACAGAGAAGCCGUCACGCACAUAGGGCGGGUGUAUAAAGAGCGGUUAGGUAUCCCUAUGAAGAUGACUAUUGGUUACCAGUCACAUGCUGACACUGCUACAAAGAGCGGCUCCACCACCAAGAACAAAUUUGUGGUCUGAAAGCCUUAAACAGUCUCUCUCUCCCUCUCUCUGACACUAUCUCUCUCUCUCUCUCUUCCUUUUUCUUGCCCCCUUGCUGGGGACCCUCUCAGCCCAGCCUAAACCAAAGCUAUAUCACAGUCCGGACUUCCUUUCCCAGAAUUCCCUGGAACUCCAAUGCCCAUCAUCUUCUGAGACUUGAAGCCUCACUAAGCAAAGGAGUACAGCUCCAACAAAAACUUGGAAUUUAAACAUCCAACUCACGCACCCUGUAGUUCACUUCUCAGAAACCCCACAAACUGGUCCGGUCACCUCUUCCCCACCAACCUGUAAAAUCAGCACUCGAUCUCAUGCCUCCUGUACAGCCUCCAAAGCCAUUGACAUAAUAAUCUUUACAGAAAUUCAUGUGACUAACACACACUUACACAACACUCAUUCACUCACACUACACGAUGUCAUUCAGCAAAAUGUUACCUAUUUAACACAGCCUAAUUCAACCAGGUUAAGUCACAGCUGGAGACUAUCUGAAGUGUGUUCUUUGGGGGGAAAAAAAAGAUGUUUUAUUUAAUGGCAGAGGAAAGUAAAUGUUUGUGUGCUCUUUUACAGCAGUACAUGUUGCUGUAGUGCCUAAUGAUCCUUCCCCUUUUAAUUUAUUAUUCAAAUUAAUCUUAAACAUUUCAUUUCAAUGGCUUUUCAGCCACUGAGUGCACGUAAUCAAGCCUAACAUGAUCCUCAAAUGGCUGCCUUAUUUCUUUUAGCAUUGACAUGAUUCAAGUUACAGGUUUUGCAAUUCAAUAUAUUUUUUUUAUAUUGUGGAUUAUUUGAUGCAAUUGAAUUUUACAUUCCUUAUUAGUAUAGUAAAAUAUGGGACUCCACACAUUGCUGUAAUAGACAAACUAUUAUUCUUGUCCAGUUGUAAUUGGCUUGGAUUUUGUGUUUCAAUUGGGGCACAACGUUAUCAAUUAGGUUCUCCAAUAAAGUUUUAUUUGAAUUGAAUGUAA